AUGAACGCCGUAUGUGACGACCCCGAACAAGGGGCAAGCGCAACGCUCAAUGUGAAGAACAACCUCAUGGUUGGCGCCGAACACUGGAAAGGUCUCGUCGCGCCAGCCUUUCAGGAUCGAGAAACAUCCUUUUUCAAUCGUCGUGCGAAUGGCAGCGCUGCGCUCUUCGACAGUCUGGCCACUUUCAAGCACUACAGUCCGCUGUUCUUCGUCAACGCUCCAUCCUGGAAAAUCCCUAAGGAUGCGUAA